AAUAACUCUGAGCAUAUCUAUGUACUGACCUAAUGGUAACAGUCCGGAUUUGUAUUACGCUACCAUAGGAAGGUUAGAAAUGGAUAUCCGAUACUGUAGUGCAGCAACCACAAAAUACUUUCAGAAAACAACUAAUUCAAGGGUAAAUGAUGAACUUUUAAGAAAAUUAAGGGAGCUCGCAGUUCCACCAGCAGAAUUCAAGAAUCUGAAAGAGCGAAUAAGAAAGGCUGUGACAACCCCAGAAGGAUGGAUGUUUUAUGAUCUUCCAUUUCAGGUGCAAGUUCAUCCUUGUUUUUCUAAAUUAGACUUGGAAUUCAUAGGAAGCACGAGUGAAGGACUCUCCAUUAGUGAAGUUUCCGAGGGCAAUAAGAAUGAAGAACUUGACCUCACCGCCAUUUUGAGGACUAUUACUGCCAUAGAAUCAAAGCAACCAAACGCUGACAAGACGUGGUUAGAGAUCGAAUUCUGCAAGGAGAAUCCAGGGUUCGUUCAACUGAAAGUUCAUCUGAAAGAUGAAAGCGAGAACUGGUGUGGACUUUGUAACAUUGUGUCCAGUGAAGACGGAUCCAUUAACGAGUUUUAUCUGUCUCCAGAGGCCUUCACAGACGAGUUCUUUAUGAUGCUUUGUCUAAGAUGUAGUGUAGAAAACUUUCAGUAUUCAGGCUACUGCAAGAACUCGGACAAACUCGUAGAUGCUAAAAUGGAAACUGAUGAAUCUGAUGAAGAGGAAAAAGUGGACAAGAGUUCGGAUCCCUUUGUAUUUUACAUAGUUAACCAGGAAGGGCCUGCGGUCAAAACAACUUUAUUGAUUACUGAAAGUGAUAUUUCAUUGCAAUACGAUUGUUCGCCAGCUAUAAUUUGUUCAACUUGGCCUUCUGUAGCAAACGAGUUCCAAAACAGGAAAAGAAUUUCAGGGUUUCCUUCUUCAAAUUUUGUAGAACAACUUAUUUCCAUGGGUUGCCUCAUCGUACCAAAAUACCCCAAAGAUUCCAAAACUUUCCUUGAAUGGAGACUAUCCUUCUGUUUGAUUGAACGAGAACUAAUGCUUAGUCUUACAGAAACACAGAGGAUGUGUUACCUGCUAUUUAAAGCAAUCUGGAGACAAUUUCUUUGCCCACCAAUCGGUAAGGCACUGCAAUCAUACCAUCUGAAAAUCGUAUUCCUGUGGGAAUGCGAGCAGGUCCCUGUGAGAGACUGGACAGAGCAAUUAAUGGUUACAAGAGUUAUAGGGCUUCUUCAGAGAUUACAGUGCAAUCUGUUCUCACAGAUCUGUCCACAUUAUAUUCUUCCUAACAACAACUUGUUUAAAGAUAUUGAUCAGUCUUUGCUUUUCUUUGCUGGAAUGAGGGUUCAAACUGCCAUACUUCAAUCAAAAGUGGUCUGGAUAGAGAAUGAUUCUUUGCUUUACCUUCCGCCACACAAAUGUAGGACUUCUUUAGGGAGAAGACUUCGAAAUACAUGCAUAUCAACAUUGAAAUACGUUAUUGAAGGAAUGGUUAAAAGAGCAGUUUAUGGAUUGGAAGAAGACUUGGAUGGCACAAAACAUUGUAUUGACAGUGAAACCGUGACUGCCUUGGAAUCAGAACUCAGACAUUCAUUCGACACAAACAUGACGAAACUGAUUUCAAACUACAUCCAAUCAUCGCUGGUUUAUCGUGCGAACAAUAUCACCAGAGCCUACAUAUGUAGUAGAUCAGAUCCUAAGCAACUGCUCAUUGCAUCAAAAUCGGGGGUUCUGGAUGGCAUUGCCAACCUAGCAAACACUGGCAUGAAUUGGGGAAAUGUGGUAGAAGCGAUAACCAGUUUAGAAAUUCUGGAAACAGAAAACCUUAAGGAAUAUGGAUUCUCUAAAGAUUACAAUAUCCUGGAAAAACUCAAACUUUUGUUUAGAAUGGGUUUUGAUGAUUUUGGAAGAUUUGACCACUCUGAUGAUGGUUAUGAUAAUGAUGAUGAUGACAACGAAGAUGAUUUCUAUGACGAAUUUGAAGAAGAAUUUGUUUGUGAUGAAUGUGAUAAUCCAAUAACUGAUUUCAGGUAUCACUGUAAUACCUGUCCUGAUUUUGAUAUUUGUAGCGAGUGCUAUACAAACACGGCGCAUCCACAUAAAUUGGAUUUAAUCGACAUAGGUGCACAAGAAAAUGACGCAUCCUAUAUGGAUGAACAUUCCUGAAGUCAAAUUAAUUAAAAUUUUCUUAGUUUUGAAUGACUAAUAUUGAUCCAUCGUAAAGGUCUAAAAAGAAUAAAGAAAGCUUCUUUAUG